UUGAAAAUUCUGGCAAUAUGAACUAUAUGGUUGGCAGAGCCAUUUUAAUUCCAAAGAAUGACAAAGUUGAAAAAAUCUCUAAUCUGAUUAUGAACUGGCUUCUAGGCAAAGUUUACAUAUAUUACAGUGCAGACUCUAUAGGUUUAGAGGACGGUAAUGUGGAACAGCCCCAAUU